AGAUAAUACAAAUUAAAUCAUCAUCAAACCGAAAGAAAAAAGACUUUCAAAGCAAGUCUAGCAUUGAUUACACAGUUAACAUUCUUAGACCGCCGUUAGGCCGCAUGGGCCAUUCCGUUUUCCCGUUCUGAAAGUCUGCCCAACAUUAGUUAAGUAAUGCCGGUAACAUUACAUUCCUUUUCACAUACCGAUCACAUAAUACUGUCCCAUAUGCGUACCCUUUUCCCCCACCAAACGAGCCCUUUUCAAUGCGCACACAAACCCACAAUACGGUUAAGAAAUUUUGCAAAAGGUCAGGUAUAAAAGGGAUUAGCAAAUGGUACCAUAACGUAUUCACAGUUUAACAUCCGUCGAAGGCACAUCUCACCAGCAAGCAGUAGAGCUAUUCACAAAACACAUCAUGAAACUGGUACGUUCAACCAUCAGGCGCGGUGCAUCGACACACAGUAAACCGUCCAAUAUUCCCAUCCUUUUACUAACGCGUCCUUUGUCUCCCUUCUUGCAGGUUCUUUUCGUCGCCACCAUGGCGAUUCUCGGCGCUUCCCUGUCCCAAGCCAAGCUGGUAAAGGUGGAAGUACCGGUGGCAGUGCCCGUACCCGUGCCCGAGAUUCAGCACAUCGAGAAGCGCGUGUCCACCAUCAAGGAGGUGAAGGUGCCGUACAUUCAGGAGGUGCCGGAAGAGCACGUCGUCACCCACGUGAAGGAAGUACCCGUAGUUAAGGAGGUGCCGGUCGUGAACGAAAUUACGGUGUACCGCGAUGUGGAGGUCGUGCGGGAGGUGCCGGUCGAAAAGAUCGUACAUCGGCGUGUGGAGGUGCCGGUGGAGGUGGUGCGCGAGGUUGAGUUGGUGCGUGAAGUGCCCAUCAUCAAGGAGAUUCCGCACGUGAAGGUCGUGAAGGUGAUCAAGGAAGUCCCCGUCGAGGAGGUGAUCGUGAAGGACCUGCCCGUGGCUGAGCCGUACCCGGUCAAGGUGCCAAUCCACGUGCCCGUGCCGGUUCAGGCGCACCAGCUGCACCUGACGAAGCUGAACAAGUUCCCGCAUUUGCACGGAAUCAAGAACUUCCUUGGAUAAGUCUGCGAGCGAAUACAUUCGCCAUGGGCGGAAUGUCCUUUCCUUUCCUAAAUAUCCUCCCAUUCCCCCUCCCACAUGUACACUGUUCAUGUCAAAUAAAAAGAAAACCUAACUUAUUCACUCCAAACAAACC